UGUAUAUGCACUUAUUGGCUCUUAGUGGGAUUCUCCGUGUCAAGGUUCUUUGGAAGUAUCCUCUCGAAAACACUUUUAAAAGUAGUUUCGUUUGAACUAUGGCGUGGUGAAGUACUGUCAGCUUGAUGGGGAGUAUAAAAUAUGUAUUUCUUAAAACGGAAGACGCAAGAGAGUCGAUGAUAAACCAGGAAGGAACAAGAUAGAUAAGGGUCGAAGCAUAGAAAUGGAUUGAAAAUGACUAACUUGGCUCAGUGAAACUCUCCUACUACUCAGGGCUUCUUUACAACAUUGCUGUCUUGUAAAUAACAUACUUUUGAGCUUCAAACGAUUUUAUUUUAAUUCCUUCAAUAUCGAAGGUAUGACUGAUUUAUCGUUCGAUUUUGAUUUUUGUGUAGACUUGCAGUCUAAUGUUCUACAUUUCUGCAGCUAAGUUUCUUCCUGCAAAUUUUCUCUAUUCGGUUCUUCGUUUUCGGGCGUCUCACAUGCAUUAUUUGUAACAACAUUCAAGCUAACUGACUGUGAGGAUAGCAUAUUGCCUGUUUCUUAGUCUUGUUUAUUUCAUUUUCAUCAACCUUGAUGCUUUUUAUUCAAUUAUUUUCCAAAGAAGACGCUAAGACGCCUUCUGAUUUUAGAUAUCGUAAUUAAUAUAAAUAGAUGUCUUAGAGGAUUUAAAAGAUUAAGUUGCCGAGCCUCCGAGUGGUUAUCAUUGAGGACUUCGGCUUUUAUAACCAGGUGUAUGUACAAACCUAAACACAGUCAUUUUCGUUUGUAAACAACUUAAUAAGAAUAGGAAAAUAUAUUUAAAGUUUCCGACACUUCGGUUUAGGGAUUAUUAUAUCAAGUUGACGAUGAGCUCGUUAUUCAAUCUAUAGGGAAAUUUACGGUACGCAUUUAUUCAAAUAUCCACUAGUUCCAUCAGUGGGGAAACAAUUUCAAGAAUCCUGCUUCUUGUAAUCAAGAUUGUAUAUCUCCUAACAAUAGAAGUCUUGAUCUUGAAUUUAUAGAAAUUUUCAGUGCGAGUUAGGGAGACAGAUUUCUUACAUUCAAGUCCUAUUCGCAUAUCCGAUCGACUUAGUUUUCCAAAUACAUAGUGAUUAUGUACAUUAUUUGAGACUACGAUUCAGUGUUUGAUUGGACGCGGAGACAUGAUAGUGAUCUAAAUGCAAAUAAUCAUCACGUAUGCUCCUUAAAUACAUCUUCAUUACAAUUUUUGCUCUUAGUAAAGAGGGCGUCAUCUUAACAGCUAUAAAGCCACAGCGAUAAAGCUUUCGAGUAAAGUGCAUGCAAAUUUUGCUGGAUAAUUUUUCAAGAUCUGUGGGAUAUCUUUAACUUUCCAAGUUUAGUACUUGAGUGUUUGUUAUCAGUUGACCCCUCGUGUAAAGACAUCAAGUUUAAAAAGGAGAAACGAGAUCGUUGUGCACGUUCUCCAGUUGAGGUUUCUUGAUAAAGCGCGCAACCGAAACAUGAACGACAGUAGUUCGACUCCUGCAUCUGAUGCGUGGAGUGACCUGACCACGCCAACUAUGAAAUGGGUUUUUCGAGUCCUUUUCUCAACAAGUUUAUUUCUUGGUGUGGUUGGAAAUGGCGCAGUAUGCUCAGCUAUCGUUUUAAAGCAGAGAUUACGAACGACGGCGAAUAUGCUGGUGUUAAACCUUGCUGCGGCUGAUUUCGCAUUUGUGGCGCUCUACGCCCCAACACAACUCUCCUUUUUCGAGAAGAAAUACAGCUGGGAGAUGGGUGACAGUAUUUGUAAGCUCACAUAUACAGUCCUACCAGCCUGCCUCUGCGCUACUGUGGAAACCCUCUUAUGUAUCGCGGUGAUACGUUACAAAGCUGUGGCGAGUCCGUUUCAUUUGCGCAUUGGAAUGAAUUACAAAACAACAGCAGUGGUGAUAUCUGUCAUAUGGCUGACCUCUUUGUUAACAGGGCUACCAGUCCUUCUUGUAGCGAAGACUGUAGAGUACCAGGACAGGGUAUUCUGUGAUGAAAUUUGGCCAGUUGACAAGCCAUACCGUGAAGUUUACUGGGUUCUUAUAUUUCUUAUCCAGUACGCCAUUCCAUUGUUGGCUAUCAUCAUUCUAUCCAUUGCGACAAUCGUAAAGGUGAAACAGAGUCGCGCGCGUGUCAUGCCGAGUGCUUCGUCCAUCAACAACGACGCAAAUUCAGUUUCCAUUGUCCUACAAGCUAGCGUGAGGCAAAGACAAAGGAGAGAGAUCAAUAUGUCAAAGAUGUUAACAGGUUUGGUCAUCUUGUACGCAAUCUGCAUGCUUCCGCAGCACGUCGUGUUUUUCUGGCUUACGUAUGGCAACUUGAAACAGCAGGAGUACUCAUUGUUCAUUUUCACUAUUGCUAAUAUGUUUCCGAUCGCUAACAGUGCUUUAAACCCUCUUAUAUACGGCAGUUUACAUAAAGAGUUGAAAAAUGGCUUUAAAAACUGCGUUAAGUGUUCAUAAAUGGGGAGUUUUUGUUAAAUGCUUAGUGAUUUUUUUCGAAGCUCUUGACACUUAUGAGCUUUUUCUGCAUUGGUAUUAACAGCAGUAUCGCAUUUAUGUCAAGAAGUGCUAAGGUCUCAAAACUAUUAUUCAAUCAGCUUAGUGAUUUUUUUCGAAGCUCUUGACACUUUUAUGAGCUUUUUUCUGCAUUGGUAUUAACAGCAGUAUCACAUUUAUGUCAAGAAGUGCUAAGGUCUCAAAACUAUUAUUCAAUCAGUUUUUCCAGUUCUUUCGACUCCAAACAAAGCCAAAAACCUUUCUUACUUUUCCUAAGGAAGAACUCAAAGCACUGCAGAACUAGAUUCUACAUUUUGCCAAUUUUAAGUACUUACGUAAAAAAAUUGCGGUAGGAAAAAAGGAGUUUUUUUUUUUCAGUAUGUACUUUGCCAUUGAGUGAAUGUUUGCAGCCUGGGAACCGAACACCCUAUACACUUCGUAAAGUACAGAAAAUGUAAAGUUAAUUGUCAAACUCGAGGUUUUGAAAAAUUAAUAAAAAAUAUCGGAAAGAGACUGCGAAAGGUUGAAUUGCAGUCGCCAAAUGGGGUAAACACAAUUAAAGUGCAAUAGCAGUUCUUAUAACAAACAGUGUGAGUUUUCUCUUUCCUUAGGUUUAAUUAUGCUCACGCUAAAUAACGUAAGACGACUGCAUUGAGUUAUCCUAAAACAUGAACAAGCUAACUUAAGGGUUGGAUUGAAACAAAAAAACCACAAUGUACGUCAGAAAUGAUUGUCGCGAUUUUAUAGCAACCUGGCCAAUAAAGACUAGAUAUGAAAGUUUAA